AUGGCAAAGCCAACCAGCGACGUAGAGCUAUCCCCAGCAGACCUGGGACUGCCUCGCUUUGUAGAAGCGCAUCUGGCAAUUGUGGUGCGCGCAAAGCCCGAGCCACUUGAUUGCCAGAGAGCUGCGCAAGAGCUAUUGGCCACGUAUCCUAUGCUGGCGAUGCGAAUGGACUUUUGGCGCACCAAGCUCCUCCAUAGCGAUUAUCCCGCAGAGAUUUAUCACAGCCGAACCCUGAAGAAGGACCUCGAUGAGGUGCUACCAUGUCGAACAGCGAAGGUGGGACUUCCCGCGGUACAACUCCUCGACACGUGCAGCCUAAUCGAUUGCCUGAAUUUCAACCGAGACAUUUGGGACGAGAUCUGCGGUGAACCAGUGCUUAGGAUUCGGGUAGUAUUCUUCAAUGAUGCGUGGGCUGUCCGCUUCAUAAUGUCGCAUACGCUGGGGGAUAUACGAGUGCCUGUGGGUCCAAACUCCUUAUCUGAUUUGAUGUACAAUACAGCUAUGCAUUGGAUUGCCAACUCUUUCUUCGCCUUCCUGUCCGGACGUGAAGUCCAGACUGUCUCGCCGAUUCGCUCCAUCUUGGCCUUCAAAUCCGAUAUUAUGGAUAGCUGGAAUGCCCUGACCGCAUCAGGCACGACGCACUCAGUAGCCGAAGACCAUCAACAUGAGAUAGUGGCAGGCUGGCUGCCGACAAUUAUGUCCGGGGCGCGACAGAUCCUCUGGUCCGCCUACGAAGCCAACUCGCCUCGACGUCAGGUGAACAAAAGCCUAUUCAUCCCGCAAUGCAUCAUCGACCAUUGGGUGCAGGAGGCGCGUCGAGAAGGUAUACAAGUAACUGAGCAUGAUUUGCUUAUGGGAUUCAUCUACGAGGCCACAUCUCAAGCCCUCUCCGCACCACCUCACUUCACUUUCCUUAUGAAUUUCCACCAGCAGCUCCAAUCACCCGGUCCCCUGGGAAACACCUGGUUUCUAGUCCCUAUUCCUGCUCGGCACAAAUCCAAAUCUUCUCCUUCAACCCCGUGUCCCAAGGACCACUCAUCCAAUUUCCUCCCCGUGCUCCUCCACCAUGCCCAACUCAUCCGUGACACCAUCGUUAAAUGCCGCCAUCCGGCCUGUUUCCCUGAAAUCCACGAGCAACACCGCCGGCUUGGAACGACCCCCUGGCGGCCCCGCUCUUUUGGCACGCGCAGCCCCCACGUGAUGGUAUCUUGCUGGACGAAACAGCAGUGGUAUGAGCUCGACGGCGCGGGAGGGACCCCCCUAUUCGUGGACCUCGGAGUGUGUUUCUACCGACUGUUUCAGCUCUUAGGAGUGCAGGGCCCAGAUGACUUUGUCGGCACUAUCAAAUGCCCCGGUGGCAGGAAUAACACCCUGAUGGGGGAGCACGAAGGUUAUUGGGUUCAGGGAAGGCUGCCGGAGGUUACCUGGGCGACUAUGAUUGACAUGCUGACGGCGGUUUCUUUCGGGGAUGGUGGUGGGCAAAAGCAAGGGCUGGGCCAAACAUUUGCCAAUAUUUAG